UUGUGUGCGCUUUAUGUUGAACACAGAGCUCCUUCAGAAACGCGUUUUCAAUGUCCUCGGUAUCAGAGCGUGUGUAGUUUUGAAUUUAGAAUCGGAUUAUUAUCUGUCUGUUAUGUAUUUAAAGCCCGGGACCGUGUGUUCGCAGCACAAUGUUGAGUGUGGACUCGUUGCCAGUGGCCGAAGAGGAGGUUGUGGAGUCCAGCUCAAACAGACUGGGGGACAUUUACACUUUUGUAGCCGAGGGCUGUUAUCCUCAAACCAUGAAUCCUAUUCGCAAGAAAAAUCUCAAAAGAUACGCUCAGAAGUUUAUUAUUGACGAUGGUCGGCUGUAUUAUGUGGGACCAAAGAAAGAAGAGAAGCGAGAAGUGGUGAUUGAGGCAGAGCGGAAGAGACAGAUCUUCCUGGAGUGUCACUUCAAUGACAUCGGUCACCACCUGGGACAGAAGAAGACUGUUCACAGGAUUCAGAGUAAAUACUACUGGCUUGGCAUUGUCAAGGAUGUUGUAGAUUGGAUUAAAGUGUGUGAAACAUGUCAGCAUGCAGAGCGGAAUAAAAACCUGGCCAGAACAGUACGACCCAUCAAGGUGGACGGUCCAUGGGAGAUUUUGGCCAUUGAAAUAAUUGGUCCAUUCCCAGGAACUGUACAUGGAGGGAAUACACACAUUGUUAUUAUUACAGAUUAUUACAGUAAAUGGGUAGAAGCCUUUCCUGUGCAAAAGAAAGAUGGUCUCUGUGUUGCACGAUGCAUUUCAUCCUCUGUUUGCAGAUUUGGCCCUUCAAAGACAAUAUUUUGCUCUCAGAAUGCUGAUUUCUGUGAAGAGGUCACGAAGCAGCUGUGUGAGCGGUGGAACAUUACAGUGAGAGUGUUGUCUGUAGACCAGCCGCAGAGGAACGCACUGUAUGACCGCAGCUGUAAUCUACUGAGAGACACUAUAAAACAGAUGGUGGUGGAGAAACAGGUAGAAUGGGAUGAUUUCUUAGAUCCAGUUUUGGCUGUCUUCAGGACAUCGGUCAACCCCACUACUAAAUUUACGCCACACUUUUUAAUGUUCAACAGAAAAGCCAGCAUAUCUAGUGAGACAAAGUUUGAUCCUCUUCUUUGCUAUCAGGACCAGGAGGAAAAUACAUUGAAUGAAGACGAGGCAAAUUCUUUUAUUUCCUCAAUGCAGGACCAACAGAAUAAUGUCAAACAGAUGGUUAUUACAAAUAUGAAUGUUGCGUACAGACAAGAAAAGAAAAAUGCCAAAAGGAAGGCUAGGAACAUGCCCUCCAUUACUCUCACAGUGGCUGAGCCAUUGUUUAGCUCAGAGGAAUCGCCUUCAGCAAAAAAGCUCAAGGAAAGCCUCUACCUGUCUUUUCCAGUAGAGACGGUCCUAACCACAGUCCAGAAUGUACCCGACACCAAGAAGAAUGGCUUAGAAUAUCCUCUAACAGACUCUGACAUGCACUGAAAAUCUUUUUGGAUUGGACUGAUCAUCAAGCACUAUAUUUGCUUAGACCACAGCCUGAAGACUUGAUGUGCGCACAUGUGAAGUAGCUGAACUCACGCUGACUUUCUUAUUCCGCACAUAAUGUAGCAAGAUUAAAAUGAUGUGUUUCAGCUGGAGGCAUUCAUUGAUGUUGAUGAUGGUCUUAGUUUGCGCUUGUUAUUAUGUUACAGAAAAGCAUUUUUAUUUUUCAUUUUCAUCAUGUCAGUCUUUCACUGAACUACACGCCCAAAGAAGUUUGCUUUGCUUGGGUGACUCAUGUCUCAAAGGACAUUUUCUAUCUGCAUUUUCUUUGGAUGAGUCAAUGAAAGUAUUUGAGUAUUGUCUGAAAGAAUGUUGUGUAAACAUUAAUUAUGAAUGAAGGUUAUAACGUGUGUGCUCAUUAUCACAGCAAAUAGUUGUAAUUUUUGUAUUCUGUAUGUUUUUUAAUUCCAUAAUAACACCAAAGUGUGUUUUUUUGUGUCUCUGACAGUUAGUAUGAAUUAGCAAAAAUAUUUUUUGUUUAAAUGUGCAUCAUUCCUAUUCAUCUAUACGUGGAGGAGAAGCCUUUGAGUUGGGUAUGCAAGCAAAUAGUUGUAAUGUUUUUACUUCAGAAAUAAUUUUGGCUCCAUUCAUGUGAUCCAGCAGUUGACCGUUUUCCUUUGUAAUAAAUGCAUUUGUUAAUCAGUUA